AUGUCAGCGGUUCUCUUGCCGAACUUGAACAUUAACGACACUUCGGUCAGAGCCGAUCGACAGCAGUGUAUUUUGAGACCAUCCAAGGCUGCCUACCAAAUAAAGAUAAAACAGAAAAAUGUGAUUUGUGCACCCUGUACACCAAGCCAGAAGUUAUUAUGGUCGGAAGAAACGGCUGUAGAAGAAGCCAGACGUUUGGGAAAGGUUGCUGGACAGAAGGAACCGAACGAGAGAGAGUAUUUGGGUCAACUUUUGAUAACUUUUGGAAAAUAUGUCAACAACACCUUCAAAUGGUUAUUGGAAAAUGAUGUGGGAUAUGUGAAAUAUCUUCUUGAUCAUCAUGCUAAAGAAAUGAAAAAGCAAGGAACAGUGAGAGAUGCAUGGCUGAAAAAUUAUCUUAAAAAAUAUGUGACUUACUUCCCAGCAGUGUCAUCCCACUUGGAAGAAAACAUUGAUGUUUGUGUUUAUGGGAUACAUCCAUGCAAGGAGUUCACAUAUCAAGAAAUGUUUGACCUCUACUAUAAACAUAAGACUGAUCCAUCAAGUAUAUGUUCUGGUAAGAGAAAUUUGGCAAAGCAGGUUUAUGAUCAAGUGCGACGCUGGCUCUGUAUGUUACCUGACCAAAUAUCAACAAAUGCUAUGAAAAGAUUUCAAGUUUACAUUAAAGACAAGGAAAAGUCUAAAGUUCCAGUUAAAGAAAUCAAGUUUUCACCAACAAAGUUUGAUGUUGCAUGGUCAGAUGACAGUAGUAUAUUUGAAGCUAUAAGUUUAAACUUAGAGGCAGAAACUAACCAACAACCUGUAACCCCAGUAAAGCGUUUGUCACAUGUUCCAACUGCGACUGUUUCAAAGGCACCAGAUUCAACCUUAUCAGAACAGAGUAAAUCUUUAAUUGAAGAAUCCAGUCAAAAAGAUUUGUCCUUGGUGGUAUAUGAAGGUUGGCACAAGUCAUGGGAGGAGGAAGCCUAUAAUUCUAUUCCACCACAGGAUUUACAUUGGUUGAAAGAUUCUGACAGAGGUUUGUUCCAGCCUACUCAAACAUUUAGAGAUAUUAAAGGAAACCUUAGAACCAGAAAAGUGUUAAAGAAUGAUACUAUGUGGUUUUAUCCCCCAGAGCCACCAGGUGUUAUCAAGGCAGCAGCACAUAAACCAGAUGCUUUUUUUCAUGGAAGAGUUUUCUUUUGGAGACCUGUAGGUGUUUGGGGAUACAAGAUUAGCUGUCCGAGACCAGAUUGUCCUGAACGUGAAUCUAAAACAGCAUCGUUAUACAGAAAUGGGUAUCACUCGAGAGCUAGACAGAUAUGUGACAUAACAGAUUGGUAUACUAUGUUGUGUGAGGUUUUAAGCUGUGCAGCCUGUAAUCAGAAGUAUGGUAUCAACACACGUUUUGUAACCUGGGAAUAUUCCAUCGUUUCAUCUCUAAGUGAAUCACAUCAGUCAUUAUUUCCAGCUAUUCUCACUGCCAGGCGAGGAGUAGACAAGAAGAUAAUUCAGUUAAUGGUGGAUCGAUCUAUUGGUAAUACAACACGUAAGAUGUGGCGACAAGUUGUUGAGAAUCACUCUUUGCAAUACCUUCAACGUAAAGAUCUGUACACCACUUUGCUUCAUUCUUUAACAAAGAAAGGAGGAAUUGUGAAGUCAUUUGCCAUCAACUUUAAACCACCACCAAAGAGAAAGGAUCCACCAUCAGCUAAAUUAUUCCAGAGAGCAUUUUUGAUAUCAGAGGCUGAAAAGGUAGACGACUACAGAAACCAAAUCAUGUCAACAUUUGGAAAGAUACUGAAAUUUGAUUCUACUAAAAAGAUUUGUAAAAAGAUAUCAGGUGCUGGAAAAGGCACAGCUGAAUGGUGUACCAAUAUUGGAAAUGGAAACAGCCAAAUUCUCUCCUUCGUUCUCACCUGUGAGGAAUCGACAGAAAAAUUAAAGCCAAUGGCAGAAAGUUUAAUGGACCGAUACAAGACAGCUGGAGAAGACCCCCCACUUGUGAUGUUUGUUGAUCGUGGCUGUUGUCGAAAGUACGGACCUUCAUCAGUAGAGAAACUUUUCGACUUUUGGGUGGAUUCUGGCAUGUGUGUCAGAUUGGAUGCAUGGCACUGGAUCCAUAGGUUUGAUGCUGCUGUCCGCACAGAUAGUCAUCCAAAGUAUCCAGCCUUCAAAUCAGCUCUGUCUGGUGCCUUGUUUGCCUAUAACAGAUCAGAUUUGAACCUACUGAUAAGAGCAGUGAGAGCUGGCAGUCCUGCCUUACAGACUAUUCCUGAAAGUGAAAUUAUCAACACCUAUAUUACUAGGAAGCAACUGCAACACCAUGUCAGAAGGAUUACUGUUGGAGUGCAAGAGACAUACAAUUUGGUCAGUGCUGCCAUUUCAGAGCUGAAGACUGCUGCUGGUUUUGACUCCAAUGGAAUCCCUCUGUUCAAAUCUGAUGAAGCCAUUGAUGAAGUAUGGGAUAACCAACAGAAGCAUAUAGAGUGUCUCCAGGACCCUGCUGGCUUAAGUUUUUAUACAGUUCUGAAGUACAUCAAAUUGAAUGGAAUAGACAUUCCUCAUUACAGAUGCUCCAGAGGAAACAACAGUUUGGAAGGUUUCCAUUCUCACCUUCUUGAUAUGGUUCCCAGCGUGCAUUGCAACAUACAGUCACUUCAGAUUUACCUUUUGGGCGGAAUAGCUCGUUGGAAUGCAGAUCGAGACAGCGAGAAUGUGAAAGGAGGUCAUGGAAGAAGACAUAGGGCCUACUCACCCACUCUGAUACAUCGAUUAAACACCAGAUGCACAGAACUUUUUGGGGAAGAAGAAAUUGAAGAGAUUAACUUUAGACCACUGGUACCACCUGGAACAGAGUUACUUGGAGUAGAGUAUCUAUUAAAACAGUCCAUACCAUCAUUUGACACCAAAGAACAUUAUUCUACCAUCAUCAACACAAUGACUGAUUCACCUGAAGAAGAAAAAGAAGAAGAAGAAGAAGAAAACGAAGAUUUGGAUGAACAAGAAAAGACAGAUCCUGGAUAUGAAUCUGAAGAUGAGACCAUACCAGAUAAACCAGCUACAAUUCCAGUCACUGAUUUGGUGACAGCACCAGAGUUAGAUCCAGUAAUGGAAGAUGUUUGUGGCUCAAGCCAUCUACCAGGGUUUGAAAAGGUUGAAAGUUUAAGUUUGCUGUUAGUUAGCUUGGCAAUGGAAGAAGGAUCCCUUGGUAUUUCCCCUCAACUUCAAAAAGAGAUCAUCGAAACAUUUAAAAUUCUAGAAGACCAUGACAAAAACACUCAAAAAUUCAAUCUUGCCUACUCUGGAAGAUGGGGUAAUACUCUUUACAAGAGAACAAGUGGUGAUCCACAAUCAGCUGCUGUGAUUCAAAAGGUUAAAUUUGGAAUUAGAUACACCCCUGCUCAACAUAUUGACCAUACCAACAGAAUACUGUACUGUGUCAUAAAACAACUGUGGUUAAAACUGAAUAAAGGUACCAGCAAGAAAUCAGCAGCUGUCAAAAAUAGAAUCACCCAACAUUACCAGAGGAUGCAGCAUAGAGUUAUGGUUGAGGAUCCAAUUUUAUCUCGCCUUGCCAUUCCACUUCCAAAAAUUAAUUCUAAAUGUGUUGCAGAAUUCAUCCGGAGACAAGAGGUAUUGAUUGCAAAAAAUUCCACUACUGCUCCAAAAGACAUCAUAACAAAGGAAACCCAUGUGACUGAUAUAGAAAUGCCUCAACCUCUGGAGUUACCAACUGUCAUGCCUGUAACAGAUAGACCACAAAUUCCUGUUGUAGAAAGAGAAUGCUUAGCUGGUGCAAAGAAAUUGAAGAAGAGACUAGACAUUACAACAUCACAAAUUCCAGUAACAAGUACCUGUACAUCAAUCUCUGAGCCUGUUCCAAUGCCAAAAUUACACAAUAUUCCUGUAUCCUCACAGAUUUUUCAACCAUUCCACUUAAUCCAUUCCAUACCUUCUACCUCAAUACAACAACUACAAGUUAUUCCAGAAAUAAGUCGCUCAAAAUUUUAUAAAGCUCAAAAGAGAACAAGAGAAGAAGAAGAAGAAUCUUCAUCCAAAAGAAAGCCAUUUGUUCCUUAUUGUGGGGCCUGCAAGAAGCCUAAUCUUGGUCACCAAAAAUAUAAGAAAAAGUCAUGGUGUGAAGAAAUGAAGAAAUCUACCUCAAAAGGACUGUCUAAUAAAACUUUUAAAGAUUUCCAAGAGUUUAAAGAUUAUAUUGAUAACUUAAACUAG